AUGUCCAACCAAAGCUCUGUGUCUGAGUUCAUCCUCCUGAGAUUCUCUGAUGCUUGGGAGUUGGAGAUAUUGUAUUUUUUCAUGUUCCUAGUCAUUUACCUGACAGCCCUGAUUGGAAACCUUCUCAUCAUCGUGGCUGUAGUCCUUGACCACCAUCUCCACAACCCUAUGCACUUCUUCCUGAUGAAUCUGUCCAUCCUGGACGUCGGAACCAUUUCAGUCAUCAUCCCCAAAGCCAUGGCCAACUCGUUGCUGAACAUCAGAACUAUCUCCUCCUCUGGGUGUGCCACCCAAGUGUUUUUUUUUGACUUCUUAGUGGGAGCAGAUCUUUCCCUUCUCACUGUCAUGGCAUAUGACCGCUAUGUUGCCAUCUGCAAGCCCUUGCACUAUGAGAUGGUCAUGAACAGAAGAGCAUGUGUCCAAAUUGCAUCCACUGCGUGGGUAGCAGGGAUGCUCAACUCAGCCAUUCACACAGGGAAUAUGUUUGCAUUGACCUUCUGUGGAGGCAAUGUGGUGGACUUGUUCUUCUGUGAAAUCCCUCAGCUUCUCAAGCUCUCCUGCUCAGACACAUAUUUCAGGGAACUUUGUUUGAUAUUAUUUAGUUUCUGCUUAGUUUUGUGCUGUUUUAUUCUCAUUAUUGCAUCCUACAUUCAGAUCUUCAGGGCAGUGUUGAGAAUCCCCUCAGAGCAGGGCCGGCAUAAGGCCUUUUCCACCUGCAUCCCUCACCUUGUUGUGGUAUCUUUGUUUGUUUUUUGUCUUAUAUUUGCAUACUUAAAACCUACCUCCCGCACCCCAUCAGGACUGGAUCUCAUAGUGGGUGUCAUAUACUCAGUAGUGCCCCCCACAAUGAAUCCCAUCAUUUACAGCAUGAGGAACAAGGAGAUCCUUGCUGCUCUGAGGAAACUUGCUCACUGUCUGUUCUUUACUGACCACCAAAUGCUUCUCCUUCCUCAGUGA